UGUAUAAAACUGUUAUAUUUUAUUAGUAACAGAUGAUGUAGUUUUACUCUUUUAUGAAUAAAACAUAAUCUCUUUUUUGAGGUUAUAAGAAAGGUUUCUAUAAGCAAGGUUAAGUAAAUUGAAACAUUGAAAACCAUGAUUGAAGUUACUGCUAAACUCGUUAGAGGAUCUGUAUAUUUUUCUGGAGAAGUCAUUGAAUGUUAUGUUACAUUUAGUAAUCCUCCCAAUCCAAAUCAUCAAAUAUCACAAAGUCACAGUGAUAUUUUUGAAAGUCUUGCUUGGGCCAGUGCUCAAAUUCAUUGUCAAUGUUCUAUGAACAGUAAAGUGGUACUUUCAGAUAGGUUAAAUACGACUGCUAGAUUGGCAGCUAUAAAUGCGAAUACAACUUUUGUACCAUGGCAACAAGAUAACGGUCAUGCUAUAUUAAAUACGAAGCCCAAAAUUUUGUUCUGCGAUUUAAGAUUAUCGCCUGGUGAGAGUAAAACAUAUGUUUAUAGAGAAACAAUUCCAAGCGAUGCUCCUCCUUCAUAUAGAGGUCAGGCAGUAAAAUAUUCUUAUAAAAUCACAAUUGGAACCCAACGAGUGAACACAGCUAUUAAACUUCUACGCGUACCAUUUAGAGUAUUAUCUUUAAGCGAGUUGUCAGAAAUAACGACAUGCAAUGAUAGCGUGGAUUUAAGUCCCAAUAAUCCUUUUAUGGAAACACAGCAUAGAGAAACUCCAUUAGACAUAGCGCUUCAAACUCUUCAGAAUCUAACUGCAAGGAGAAGUCCAAAUUUUUAUAAUAUAACCAAUGGACGUGGGCGUGUAGUUAGAUUUUGUCUUUUCAAAAAUUCUUAUAAAUUAGGGGAGGAUAUUGUUGGUACAUUCGAUUUUUCCAAUGCUACUGUAUCAUGUGCGCAAGUGUCCGUAGCUUUACAAUCUGAGGAACAUGUCGCGGAGGAAUACAGACGAGGAAAGUCUACAACACCAACUUUAGUUAGUUAUAACAAACAUCAUGAAAUGUGUUUGGGUUUGAAAUAUUCUCAUUUGGUAUUACCUAUACCGUUACACGUAACACCAGAUUUUACGACAGAACUGGUUACCUUAAGGUGGAGAUUACAUUUCGAAUUUGUAACUACCUCGAAAUUAGUUGAAAUGCCUUUUGAAAACACGGUCAGUUGGCAUGGGCCUCCGACGUUGGAUGUUGAAACGAUGAUUUGGGAUUUACCUCUUCAUAUACACCCUACAACUGUUCCGCCAAAUACAGCUCAACAAACGAGAUAUAAUAUUAUUAUUUAACCGUUUAAAUUUGGACGAUAGUUAAUUUUAUUACAGAAUAUAAUUAUUUCA